AUGGAUGAAAGUCGACGCCCCGGACUCCAUUCAGCAGCUAGUCUGGCUACCAUCACUUACGUUGCCGGAGAGCUGAGGCUAUUCCACAGUCCUGGAAGAGCUCGCCCACUGUCAGCGGACAGGGUGCUCAUCGUUGGUGGCGGUGUUACCGGACUUACUACAGCGUGGAUUCUUCUCGAUGCCGGCUACGAUGUUACGGUCGUCGCGGAGCGCUGGGCCAAUCCAGAACGACGGAUCACUUCGCAAAUUGCUGGUGCGCUCUGGGAAUAUCCGCCGGCGGUAUGUGGACGACACACGGACGUUAUAUCGCUGGAGAACUCGAAGAAUUGGGCGAUGAUAUCCUAUCAUGUCUUCCGGGCUCUUUCGCAGAUUAUCCCAUCUGAGGAGCAUGGAGUCCGCAUGCGUCGCGCAAACUUCUUCUUUGACCGCCCGCUCGAGAACAUCCCGGAUCAGUACGAGAAGAUGAAGGAGGUCGCGCAAAGCGGGGUAGCGGGCUUCGUGCGCGAUCCGAACCUGAUCAAAGCGCAUGCCGUGAACCAAGAGGCGGGCGUCGUCGACUCUUACCGCCAUGAUGCUCCUGUGAUCGACACCGACCAGUACAUGAUCUGGCUCCGCGCACUAGUCGGUGCAAAGGGUGCGACCUUCAUCACAGCCCGCAUCAACGGCGACAUCAUCGCGCAGGAGGAAGAGCUUCUCGCGAAGCACAAUGCAUCUGUCAUUAUCAACGCCACCGGAUUGGGCGCGAUGGAGCUUGCGAAUGACCGGACGGUGUACCCGCUUCGUGGGGCGCUCAUCCGCGUGGUCAACGACGGGACCAGGUUCCCCAAGGUCACGGAGGCGCUCUCCGUCGGAAUCGACGAUGCCCAUGAGGGAUCAGAGGAGCUGGUGUUCAUCGUGCCGCGGAACGACAACACGCUCAUCCUCGGUGGCAUCGCCCAACCCCACCAGUGGAAUCUAGACCUUACGCUGGACGACCCAGAGAUCGCUCGCAUGCGUGCGCGCUGCAACGCGUUCGUUCCAGGGCUCGAGAACGCCCAGUACGACCCCACUGCCCCGCUCGUGCAGGGCUGUCGGCCGUUCCGCCUCCAGAACGUCCGAGUCGAGCGCGAGCUGCGUCCGCGUCCGGGCAGUCUGAGCUCCAGCCGGAUCAUACAUUCGUACGGUCAGGGUGGCGCCGGCUUCUCGCUGUCAUUUGGGUGCGCUUGGGAUGUGCUCAAGUUGGUGGAGGAGAUCAGGGAGGGAAAGAGGCCGGUGGGGAUGGCGGAUAAGCUUAGAGAGCAGGUGGAAGGUAGCAGAGUGCCCGCGAGGUUGUAA